ACGUGGUGGUGGUGGCGGAUUGCGGGAGAACUUUUACUUUGUCCGUUUCAUCAUUUGCUGGGAUAAUUAAUCACAAAGAGAAAUAUAAUUUAUUUAAACUUAAAAAAAUACUACAAAUUGCUAGUUGUAAUUAAAAUUGAACCACUCGUGCACACCUUGAUCCUUACCUUCAUAAUUUUGUUGCUGCUAUAAUUAUUCCGCGGAAAAAGGACCCAUGUUGGAGCAAGGAGAUUUCAUGGCCGGCGGGAUGAUAAUGUAGUUCCUGCCCCCCACGGAAGGCUUGAUGGCGACGUAAUUGGUUACGUUUGCAAAUUUCUCACGGUCAAAGACAUCAAGAAGGCUCGACUUGUCUGCUGAUUUUGGAAUUAUAAAUGUAUUCCUAUUCUAAAAGCCAGGACGAAAACAAGACUCAACUUAUCGCCUGGCGUUUCCGGUUUGGGCGGCUGGAGUAUUUCAGAGGUCAAGGACAAGAUGAAGUUCAAGCCGGCCAAUAUUUAUCUGGGGAUUCCAUCUCUCCAUCGUUGCCCCAUAUCACCCAAGGAUUACGCCGAAUUUCCUCCAAUCACCAAUUUAAAAUCGAUCAUUGUCCAGUAUCCAGCCCAGCCUGCGUCUCUUUGGCAGAGAGACUUAUCUGCAAAUAUUAUCUCGUCGUCGUCCAGGACUUUGGAAGACUUGGAAUUUGACUGGAUGGGAGGUGAGAAGCUCCUAGAUUUCCCGGCACUUGGAGGAACCGUCUUUCCAAAAUUGGCCAAGUUAAAGGUCACACGUUAUUUUGAUCCUGAUAACGGGGCUGUCCAACGAAUUGGUCACGCUAUCGUGGCUUCAUUCCCUAACCUGGAAUAUCUCGUGAUCAAUUGUGACUACUUAGCCAUCUUUUCCGUGGCUGGACAAUUGCCAAAUUUCCCGAGGUCCCUCAAUGUCUUAAAAGUGACUGGAAAUUUCGACACGGCUAAGCUUGCAUGCCUUUCCACAAUUCCGGCCACUUUGAGAACACUUUUCCUCGGGGAUGGCGACACUGAGCUGGAAAUUGACGAUCGAGUGGAUGACGUACCAACAAUUUUGUACGAAUUAUUAAACCAGCAGUCCGCCACGUUGGAAGAGCUACAAGUCAGCAUUGAAUUGUUGAACGAAGAGAGAAUACUGGAGUGGACAUUUCCUGUAUUUCCAGCCUUAAGGAAACUUUGCAUCCCUAAUUGUGAAAUAUUUAGCAGAAUUCUGUUCGAGACGGGCCCCGGAUCAGGAAAUUUUGGACCGAUUAAUUACGCCAUAGGUUUCCCUGUCUUGCAAGUUUUGAAAAUUAACACUCAUUCCGGGAAUUCUGCCAGAGUGCGGUCAUUCAUUCCGCCGAAGGUUCCUCGUCAAGUGGUCGAGUCGGUGAGGGAGGCUGAUAUCAGAAUUUUUGAUCAUGCUAUAACACAAGAUGCACAUGUUGUUAAACAGGCCAGGAUAUAUGCCCGACUUUUAGCUCUUUUUCCUAAUUCGAGAGAUUCUGUAAUCGAACGUUUAGAGGUGAUACUUCAGAUCUGAGCAGAAAAUUAUUGGAAAUGGAAUUAUUGGAAUUCUUGGAAUUAUUGUGUUGUCAUUGAAAGAAAAUUGGAAUGGAUAUUUAUUUAUUAUGUAUGUAUACUAAAAUUUCUGGUGAAGGGUCGUAAUUUAUAAGAAAUUAUAUUUAUUUUGUCUCAUUAAGUAAUUAAUAUGUGUGUAAUGUGAAAAUGAAGUGUAAAACGGAGCAAAUAAAUAAAUGGGUACAA